GGCAACCAAGGCCUGCUAGGUGGCCGCCUUGCGGAGCACAGAGCCCGCUGCCACACUGCCCUCCAUCAGAACAUCAGAAACCCCCAGGGCCCCCUGGGCUGGUGCAAAACUCCAUCCGUGGAAAGAAAGCCCGGGUGAAUGCCGGCACAAUGGCAGUGCCCUGGGAGGAAUAUUUCCGACUGGCCUUGCAAGAGAAACUGCCUGCGAAGAUCCCGGAGCAAAGUGUGGACCACUUCCCGCCAGUGCUGCGUCUCCUGGAGAAGAGGCAGGAGCUGAUAGACGCAGACCGAGGCCUGCAGGCCCAGAAGGAGGUGUUCCAGACCACGAGAGCAGCGCUGAAAGAGCGCUGGGAACAGUUGGAACAGAAGGAGCAGGAGCUAAAGGGGUCCUUUGUGCGCUUUGACAAGUUCCUGCAGGACACGGAGGCCCGGCGCAGCCGCGCCCUGCGGAGGGCGGCCCAGGAGCGGCUCCAGGCGGACCGCCGGGAGGCGGAGGCCCUACGGCUUCGGGCCCAGGUCGAGGAGCUGCAGCGGGAGCGCGCGCGGCUGCGGUGCCGGCUGGAGCGCCUGGAGCCCUGCGCGCGCCUGCUGGGGCGAGUGCUGGAGCAGCUGCCGGAGUUCCAAGAGGUCCCCGAGCUGGUGGCGCGCUUCGACGGCCUGGUCGAUAUGCAGGCGGCGCUGAGGCUCACGGAGCGCCAGCGGCUGGCCGAGCUGGAGGAGGCGCGUGCUCGGCUGCAGCGGCUGCGGGACGCGGGGCAGAGCGAGCUGCUCGGGCAGGGCCAGCGGCGAGUGCAGCUGCUGGAGCGCCUGGAGGCCGCGAGGGAGCGCACGCUGCGCUGGGAAUCCAAGUGGAUUCAGAUCCAGAACACGGGGGCGGAGAAGACCCUUCUCCUGGGACGCACUAGGAUGGCAGCGCUCAACCUGUUCCAGCUAGUGUGCCGGCACAAGACGCACCCGCCUGCCCUGGACAUCGAGGACACUGAGGGGCAGCUGGAGCAGGUGAGCUCCCUCCUUACGUGCCCUCCAACCCCCAGAUUCAGAGCUUCACAGUGCCUGAAGUCUCCGGGUUCAGUAUGA